AGAGAGAGAGUUGACUGUGUGGAUACAAUUUUAUAAAAUUUUAUAAAAUUCAGCCCGAUGUGUUUCUUUUUGGAGAGGACUAUUUACUGAAAUGUCUGAUUCUGCCAGCGUUCGCUACCAUGCAGGUUUAUCAUGCUGUGAUCUUGUGGAUGUUUCUGAAACUCACGUUCCUGACGAUCUCCUGGGCGUGUAGGAGUGCGGAGUAUGAAAUUAAUCGAGAAUGCUGUCCGAUGUGUCCUGCAGGAGAGCGUGUGUACAGCCACUGUUCAGAGGACUCCAGUACUACAUGUGUAAACUGUACUCGCCACACCUACACUGACGUUCCCAACGGACUGAUAAAGUGCCUCCCCUGCACUGUGUGUGAUGAGGGUAGUGGAUUAAGAAUAAAGCGAGAGUGUAAUAAAAAAGCGAAUGCGCUGUGUGAACCUCUGGCUGGGUAUUAUUGUACAGAUCUUCAGGAAAACAACUGCAGAAAAGCCAGGAAACACUCCACGUGCCUUCCUGGACAAUUUAUCUACCAAAACGGGACUGAGCUUGCAGAUAACGUAUGCCAGGACUGCCCAGAGUCUACAUACUCAAACAGCUCUUUAACAUUCUGCAGACCCCACACACACUGUGAGUUGAUGGGGAUGAUAACGGUCUCAGUGGGAACGAAGACUGCAGAUUCUAAAUGCAGUAAUCUACGCUCUCGUCUUUACUCCAUAAUCUUUAUAUCAGGAUUAUUAAUAUUAUCUGUGGCUUUAAUCAUCAUUUGUACAGUAAGAAGAAGAAGAACUGAAGAUGAACAGAGAUAUAAAUCACCCUCACAGUGUGAACAGGGGAAUAGAUCACUCCCACAGUGUGAACAGAGUGAUCCGGAGAGAGUGAACGACCCUGUCCAAUCAGGACAGAGCUCAGGGAUUUAUGUGUCUACAGGGGGCAAUAUUAACAUUACAUCAACCAAUGUACAGAUCAAUAUUUGUCAUUCUCCGUGUUCAGUUACUCAGAGUGCUGAAUGUCUGAAACCUCACUGGGUGUGUUUUUUAGGAACCCAUGUUCAAAAGCACUGCAGUGAAAAAACCACCACUUCCUGUGCUCCAUGUCCUGAAUCCACCUACACUGCUGAACCCAACGGCCUCCUGCAGUGCAACGCAUGUUCAGUGUGUGACCCGGCUCUGGGUUUGCGAGUAAAUAAGACCUGCACUCAGUCCUCAGACACAGUGUGUGAACCACAAGAGGGAUUCUACUGUACUGCUUACAGAUCAGGAGGCUGCAUACAAGCAGCUGAACACACCAAAUGUAGCCCUGGAGAAUACAUAAAGCAGCCCGGAACAGCAGCUGAAGAUACUUAUUGUGUUGAAUGUGGUGAUGGUUUUUACUCAGACGGCACAUUUAGAAGCUGCAGGCUACAUUCAUGGUGUGAGGCUUCGGGACUUACAGAGGUACAGCCAGGAACUCAUCAGUCUGAUGUUGUGUGUGAGUUUAAACUCUCUUAUGUAGCGAAGGUCGGAUUGUCUGCGGGAAUGCCUAUGGCAGUUUUAGUCGUAGUGGGAGUAGUGGUGUUGGUUCUGUGUUGUAACAAGAAGAGCAAGACUGUUCAGCCCACAGUCCAUAGGGUUAGGGAGGAGCCAAGACAGGUGUGGUUCAGACAUGUCGCCAUAAAAAUGAACAUUAGUAAAGUUCAUGGGGAUGAUGCUCCGCCCAGCAGUGAGAAGUGCUGAGUAUCAGUGUACAGGACUGCUGCUACAUGUAUUCUGUAGAUCUGAAUCUACACAGCAGUUAUCGUCCAGUAACCCUCUUUCUGCACUGAAAACAUACUCACUUUACAUUUAUAAUCACGAUCAUCAUGAUUUUAUAUUUACUGAUUUAUAAUUCCUCAUAUAGUAUUUACAAAUCAUCAUUUAAUCAAAUUUAAUCACCUUUUUUAAUCUACUUGGUUAAAUUGAAAAGCAAAAACUAUUUACAGCUCUGGAAAAAAAAUGAAGGUCGCACUUCAGUUUCUGAAUCAGUUUCUCUGAUUUUGCUAUUUAUAGGUUUAUGUUUGAAUAAAAUGAACAUUGUUGUUUUAUUCUAUAAACUACAGACAACAUUUCUCCUAAAUUCCAAAUAAAAAUAUUCUCAUUUAGAGCAUUUAUUUACAGAAAAUGAGAAAUGACUGAAAUAACAAAAAAGAUGCAGAACUUUCAGACCUCAAAUAAUGCAAAGAAAACAAGUUCAUAUUCAUAAAGUUUUAAGAGUUCAGAAAUAAUCAAUAUUUGGUGGAAUAAUCCUGGUUUUUAAUCACAGUUUUUUUCAUGCAUCUCGGCAUCAUGUUCUCCUCCACCAGUCUUACACACUGCUUUUGGAUAACUUUAUGCUGCUUUACUCCUGGUGUAAAAAUCAAGCAGUUCAGUUUGGUGGUUUGAUGGUUUGUGAUCAUCCAUCUUCCUCUUGAUUAUAUUCCAGAGGUUUUUAAUUUGGUAAAAUCAAAGAAACUCAUCAUUUUUA